UCACAAAAAUAUCAGCUACUGCCACUACAACUACAGCAAUCCAUGGAGAAUCAACAGAGAACAAACGACGGCAAAUCGCCGGACCGGAAAAUUCUGUCGGAGGUCGGAGAAAAUGGCGUAGCCAUUAUCACUAUCAAUCGUCCACCUCUCAAUCUGCUUUCCGUUGACGUGCUAUUGAGCUUGAAAGAGAAGAUUGAAGAAGCUAUACGUAAAGAUAGUGUGAAGGCAAUUGUCAUAACUGGUUCAAGAGGAAACUUCUCAGCAGGAUUUGUUGUAACAGCUUUUGGUGGAAGUCAACAGAGAAAGACACAUAGAGAACUUGGCUUUAUGUCAGUUGACUUUAUCACCGACACAUUGGAAGCUUCAAGGAAGCCCAUUGUUGCUGCUGUUGAAGGUUUUUCUUUGGGAGGGGGAUUUGAAAUUGCACUAGCUUGUCAUGCUCGCAUAUCUACAUCUACCUCAAAAUUAGGUCUUCCCGAACUUCAGUAUGGGAUUCUUCCUGGGUUUGGAGGAACACAACGACUUCCUCGGCUGGUUGGCCUUCCAAAGGCUCUUGAAAUGAUUCUGAUGUCAAAGCGGAUAAGUGGAGACGAAGCUUGCAAUAUGUGCCUAGUGGAUGCUAUAUCUCCAUCAGAUCAGUUGCUUGGAUCAGCUUGUCAAUGGGCUUUGGAUAUAUUAGAAUGUCGAAGACCAUGGUCUAUCAGUCUUUUCAGAACCGAUAGAUUAGCACCUCUGGCAGAAGCUAGGACAUUGCUCAAUUCUGUCAGAGCUCAGAUUCAGAAACAAAAUCCAAAUGUUAUCCAUCCCUUGGUUUGUAUUGAUGUCAUUGAACAUGGUAUUCUUUGUGGCCCUCGUAAUGGACUAUGGAAGGAAGCAGAAGCUUUACAUGAACUUCGACAAUCUGAUAGUUGCAGGAGCUUAGUGCAUGUAUUCUUUGCGAAACAAAGCACUUCAAAGAUUCCUGGGAUUACUGAUAUAGGACUGCUACCAAGGAAGAUUAACAAGGUUGCUAUACUUGGUGGGAGCUUGAUGAGUUCUGGAAUAGCAACAGUGCUGGUACUUGCAAACUAUUAUGUAAUCAUGAAGUAUAUAGAUCAGAAUUCUCUGCAGAAUGGCAUUGGCAGAGUUAAAGCCAAUUUGGAAGGACGUGUUAAGGAAGGAAGAAUGACUCAAGAGCAUUAUAAAAAAGCGUGCACGCUUUUAAAGGGUGUUUUGAGCUAUGAUAACUUCAAAGAUGUGGAUCUAGUCAUAGAGGACGUGCCUGACAUUGUCUCCUUGAAGCAGCAAUACUUUGCUGAUCUGGAUGAGUGUUGCCCUCCUCACUGCAUUUUUGCUUCAACUACUUGUAUAGUCAACUUAGAUUUGAUUGGAGAAGGGAUGAAACCAUGUAGGGAGAUUGUUGGGAUCCACUUUUUUAGCUCACCCUCUGUCACUGAUCUCCUGGAAAUUGUCCGAACAGAGAGGACAUCCCCUCAAACGCUUGUGGAUCUGUUGAACUUUGGAAGGAGGAUUCAAAAGACUCCUAUUGUAGUUCAGAAUUGUACAGGUUUUGUAGUCAGACGUAUGUGCUUCCCCUACUUGCAGGCAGCGAUGCUUCUUGUUGAACAUGGUGCUGAUGCGUAUCAGAUUGAUAAGGCGCUUACCAGCUUUGGGUUGAAAUUGGGUCCAUUUAGAAUGCUUGAUCAAGAUGGAUUCCAGUCUGCAGCUGUGCAUGAUGUGAAAUUCCUUGAGACUUUUCCAGAUAGAUCUUACAAAUCAAAUUUGAUUCCAAUCAUGAGGAAAAAUAACCGUGCAGGUAAAUACACUUGCCAAGGCUUCUACACAUACAAUGACAAGGAAGAGGCAAGCCCAGAUCCCGAAAUAUCAAAAUAUAUAGAAAUGGCGAGAAGUAUGUCUGGUAUCACCAUUAAAUCAAAGUUGGCAACGUUGUCCGAUGGAGAAAUUGUUGAGAUGAUUCUUUUCCCUGUACUGAAUGAAGCAUGUCGCAUGAUAUCAGAGGCAAUUAUAGUGAAAUCCUCUGAUCUUGAUGUUGCUUCAGUUUUGGGUAUGGGAUUCCCCGGAUACAGGGUGCGCAAGUUAAGCAGGCCAAGUCGCUUUUGUAAGAUUGUGAUGAUGACAACAACAUAUCAUUCUAAUACACAGUUCAUACGUCAGAUAUUUGUGCAAUGUCGUUGUAAAUUCUCGUGCUAGUUGGAAUUUACCCACACAACUCUAGUUGCUUGAUCUGUAUGUAUCAUUCACCUAACGGGAUCAUAGUGACUGAGACUGCAGUUAUGUGUUGUAUAAAGUCUCAUGGAUAGAGUUGGCUUCGAAUGGAUAAAGAUGAAAGGAAGAUGGUGCUGAUCGCUGCAUUAAAUAUACAUGUAAUUCAGGUGAAGUUUGUGUUUUUACCUGUCAAUCAACAAUUUCCAUUUUUUGGUUUUCUUCUUUGUCGGAGUCGAACAGCAUCUGCUUUUAGAUGCUUACAACCGUUUUUGUGUUUAGUGGCGGAGCCACUCUUGUCCAAGGGGUGUCAAUGUUUUUUUUAAUGUAUAAUAUACUAUAUGUUCAUGGAAACAUCUUCUCUAGCUUUGAGGUAGGAGUAUAUGUUGCUGUUGUAAUAUACUA